UGCCGAGGCGCCCAAGGCGCCCGCCGGCUCGCAAGACACUGGAAUGGGUGGUCUCCCGACGCGCUGCGCCGUGCUUCCUGCGCUCGGAAAGCUAGCGGUCCAGCGUCUCUGCCAAGCUGCGCAGGCGGCUCCGGGACACCGGGAAUAGACCAGUCAGGAGACUGAAAAUCUGAAGAAUGUUUCCGGCGGGUAAUCUGACUGUCACCCCCUGGAUAAGGAGGAGCAUGAGGAGGCUAUUUCCAUUACUUUAUCUCUUACUGUCCCACACAGCUCAUUUGGAAGGAAGAAAGGAUAAUCAGUUCAUCUGGAAACCAGGCCCCUGGGGAAGGUGUACAGGAGACUGUGGGCCUGGUGGAGUCCAGACUCGUGCACUGUGGUGUUUCCACUUUGAAGGGUGGACAAGCCACUUGUCCAACUGUGAUGAAAACAACAAGCCUCCAAAGGAAAGAAGUUGCUUCCGAGUCUGUGACUGGCACAGGGACUUCUUCCAGUGGGAGGCUGCCAGCUGGCACCACUGUGUGCUUGUCCCUUCUGCCCACGGCCACGCCAAACACGGGGCCACAGAGUGUGUGACGGCUCAGCAUGGACUGCAGCACCGGGCUGUGCAUUGCAUUCAGAAGCUGAACAGAACCUUGGUGGCAAAUGAAAUAUGUACACACUUUGCUCCUCAGCCCCCCACAGAACAAGCUUGCCUCAUACCCUGUCCCCGGGAUUGUAUUGUGACUGAGUUCUCACAAUGGUCCACGUGUAGUAAGGGGUGUGGGAAGCAGGUACAGCACAGAACUCGCACAGCCAUUGCUCCCCCGCUCUAUGGUGGGUCACAGUGCCCCAACCUGACAGAAUUGAGGACCUGUGAUGCUCCCAUUUCCUGUCCUCUUGGGGAAGAGGAAUAUAGUUUUAGCCUUAAAGUAGGACCAUGGAGUAAAUGUAGACUGCCUCAUCUUAAAGACAUUAAUCUAAAUGGUAGAACUGUUCUGGAUUUUAGCUCUGAUUCAAAAGAGCCAGUCUCCUUCAGGCACCAGAUUUCCAAACCCCAUCACCAAUCUACGCCCUGGGACACAGAGCUAGGUUAUCAAACACGACAGGUGUGGUGUACAAGAAGUGAUGGAAAAAAUGCCAUGAUAAGCCUUUGCAUGCAGGAUUCCUUCCCUUUGACUGUCCAGUCCUGCAUUAUGCCAAAAGACUGUGAAACCACGGAGUGGUCUGCAUGGAGUGCCUGCUCCAAGACUUGUCGUUCAGGGAAUCUUUCACCAGGAUUCAAGAGCAGGAGCCGGGCAGUGAAACAUGUUGCUAUUGGAGGUGGAAAGGAGUGUCCUGCACUUCUGGAGAAAGAAGCCUGUAUUGUUGAAGGAGAACAUUUGCAGCCUUGUCCCAGGUAUUCCUGGCAGACCUCAGAAUGGAGAGAAUGCCAAGUGUCUGUCCUCAUGAAGCAGCAAGAUCCCCGCUGGGAUGUGGCAGGAGCCAUUUGUGGAGGUGGGAUCCAGAUACGAGAGGUGUACUGUGCCCAGAGCAUCCCGUUGUCCACUGCACCAAGGGCCAAAGAAGUUUCUAGACCAGUGGAAAACACAUUAUGCUUGGGACCUACCCCCCUGGCCUCUCAGCUCUGCUAUGUCCCUUGCUCGACAGACUGUAUGGUGUCUUCCUGGUCAGCCUGGGGCCCGUGCGUCCAUGAAAACUGCCAUGAGCCGCAAGGGAAAAAAGGGUUUAGGAUGAGACAGCGCCAUGUCCUGGUGGAACCCACAGGGCCUCAGGGACAUUGCCCUCAUUUGCUUGAAUCUGUUCCUUGUGAGGAUCCCAUGUGCUAUCAGUGGCUAGCAACAGAAGGAGUCUGUAUCCCUGAUCAUGGGAAAUGUGGCCAGGGACAUCGCAUCCUGAAAGCCAUCUGCCAGAAUGAUCAAGGAAAGGAGGUAUCAGGGAGUCUCUGCCCAGAGUCUCCUCCACCUGAACGGAUGACUUGUGAAAUUCCCUGCCGAAUGGAUUGUGUGGUGAGUGAGUGGACAGAGUGGUCAUCCUGCUCCCAGUCUUGUUCAAAUAAAAAUUCAGAUGGAAAACAGACCAGAUCUAGGACUAUCCUGGCAUUGUCUGGGGAAGGUGGAAAACCAUGUCCACCUGUUCAGUCCCUUCAAGAACAUCGUUCCUGCAAUGAGCAUUCUUGUAUGCAACUCUACUGGGAGACAUCACCUUGGGGCCCAUGUACUGAAGACACUUUGGUAACUGCCCUUAAUGCAACCAUUGCUUGGGAUGGAGAAGCUUCAUGUGGUAUGGGCAUUCAGAAACGAAGGGUUUUCUGUGUCAAGACUCACAUAGGACAAGUAGUGACCAAAAGGUGUCCAGAUUCUACUCGUCCUGAAACAGUGCGCCCUUGUCUCCUUCCCUGCAAAAAAGACUGUGUUGUGACCCCUUUCAGCAAGUGGACACCCUGCCCAAGGUUGUGCCAGCCAGGAAAUGCUACAAUGAAACAGUCUCGAUACAGGAUUAUCAUACAAGAAGCAGCCAAUGGAGGUCAAGAAUGCCCAGAUACCUUAUUUGAAGAACGUGAGUGUGAAGAUAUCUCCGCGUGUCCUGUAUAUCGGUGGAAGCCCCAGAAAUGGAGCCCUUGUUACUUGGUGCCAGAGUCUGUCAGGCAGGGAAUUUUGGGUAGCAGUGAGGCAUGUGGAAAGGGAGUGCAAACAAGAGUUGUCUCGUGUGUCUCUGAUGAUAACCAGUCAGCAGAAAUAAUGGAAUGCCUCAAGCAGACAAAAGGCAUGCCUCCUGUUGUGCAAGAAUGCAUGGUCUCAUGUCAAGAAGACUGUACCUUCACUGCUUGGUCCAAGUUUACAUCCUGUUCUACAAACUGUGAAACAACCCGAAGUAGAAAACGACAGCUAACAGGUAAAAGUAGUAAGAAGGAGAAAUGCCAGGAUGGUGCCCUAUACCCGCUGGUGGAAACAGAACUCUGUCCUUGUGAUACAUUUAUAUCUCAACCUUAUGGAAAUUGGUCUGAUUGCAUUCUUCCUGAAGGCAGAAGAGAACCUCACGGAGGAUUGCAGGUACUAGGAGAAAGCAAAGAAUGUGGACAGGGCACGCGAUUCCAAGCCAUCACCUGCUCUGAUAAAAAUGGACGACCAGUAGAGCCGUCCCACUGCAACAGCUCUGGUUAUAUCCAAGAAAAAUGUGACAUCCCCUGCCCAUUUGAUUGCAAGUUAAGUGAUUGGUCUAGCUGGGGGUCUUGCAGUUCCUCCUGUGGUAUUGGAGUAAGAAUUCGAUCUAGAUGGCUAAAAGAAAAACCUUAUAACGGAGGUCGUCCAUGCCCCAAAUUGGAUCUUAAAAACCAGGUGCAUGAAGCAUCCCCAUGUUACAGUGGGUGCAAUCAGUAUUCCUGGGUUGUAGAACAAUGGUCUCCUUGCAAAAUCCAUAAUGAGCUGAGGUCCCUGCGCUGUGGAGGAGGAACACAAUCCAGGAAAAUCAGAUGUGUGAACAUUACUGAUAGCGAAAGUAGAACUGUGGACAGCAGCCUUUGCAACCAAGUUGAAAUUCCUCCAGAAACUCAAUCCUGUUCUCUUCUGUGUCCCAAUGAAUGUGUUAUGUCUGAAUGGGGAUCGUGGAGUAAAUGCCCACAGUCCUGUGAUCCACACACACUGCAGAGAAGAACCCGCCAUCAGCUGAGACCCUCGCUGAGCUUGCGAAAAUGUGCUGAAGACUCACAGACACAGCCUUGCCUGCUCAAUGAAAACUGCUUCCAGUUCCAAUAUAAUCUAACAGAGUGGAGCACAUGCCAGCUAAGUGAAAAUGCUACCUGUGGGCAAGGGGUUCAGACUCGCCUUCUUAGCUGUAUGCGCAGUGAUGGCAAGCCAGUCAGCAUGGACCAGUGUGAGCAGCAUAACUUGGAGAAGCCCCAGAGAAUGAGCAUACAGUGCCUGGUGGAAUGUGUGGUGAAUUGUCAGCUCUCAGGGUGGACAGCUUGGACAGAGUGCUCACAGACUUGUGGCCUUGGAGGUCGAAUGAGCCGGACUCGAUUUAUCACUAUGCCAACCCAGGGAGAAGGACGGCCAUGCCCCUCAGAACUUACCCAGCACAAAACCUGUCCAGUGACCCCCUGCUAUAGCUGGGUCCUUGGCAACUGGUCUGCUUGUAAAUUGGAGGGUGGAGAAUGUGGGGAAGGAGUGCAGAUCCGCAGUCUUUCCUGUGUGGUCCACAACGGUUCUAUCUCUGACAUGGCUACACAUGUGGACGAAGCUCUGUGUGGAGAAAUGCCCUUACAAGACUACACCCUAAAGCAGACCUGCUCUGUGCCUUGCCCAGGAGACUGUCAUUUAACAAAGUGGUCAGAGUGGAGCUCCUGUGAAUUAACCUGCAUCCAGGGAAGAAGCUUUGAGACAGUGGGUCGCCAAUCAAGGUCAAGAACAUUUAUCAUUCAAUCUUUCCAGAACCAAGACAGCUGUCCCAAACAGGUUAUAGAAACCCGUCCUUGUACAGGAGGCAAAUGUUAUCACUAUAUAUGGAAAGCAAGUCUUUGGAACAAUAAUGAACGAACUGUAUGGUGUCAACGUUCAGAUGGCAUUAAUGUCACAGGAGGCUGCUCUUCGCAGGCACGUCCUGCUGCUAUCCGACACUGUAAUCCUGCCUGCAGAAAACCUUUCUCUUAUUGCACACAGGGUGGAGUCUGUGGUUGUGAGAAGGGCUAUACAGAGAUAAUGAGAUCAAAUGGCUACCUGGAUUACUGCAUGAAAGUGCCUGGUUCAGAGGAUAAAAAGGCUGAUGUUAAAAACCUUGCUGGGAAAAACAGACCCGUGAACUCAAAAAUACAUGAUAUUUUUAAGGGAUGGUCUCUUCAACUCCUUGAUCCAGAUGGCCGAGUAAAAAAUUGGGUUUAUGGAGUUUCAGGUGGUGGUUUUCUUAUCAUGAUUUUCCUAGUAUUUACUUCCUAUCUUGUUUGCAAGAAGCCAAAACCACAUCAAAGCACACCUCCCCAACAGAAGCCUCUGACCUUAGCCUACGAUGGAGACUUAGACAUGUAACCUGAAAAAGAAAUCCAAAUGUAGACAUCAACUGCCUUAACUGCUUUCUCUUUUGUAGCUCUCAGACUUCUCAGUUUUUUGAGGAAUCUCACAAUGUGAUAUAUUGGGCAGAAUACAAAUACUACAAGUAUUGCCUCAACUUCAUUUGGACAUGGAGUCAAGGAUUGUUAGGUCUGCCAUUUGCUUUCAAUUUGUGGGUGUGAGUGUUAUUUUUUUUAUUUUCCCAAGCGACCUGAAAAUCCUUCUCUUCCUACUUGGAAUCAGGAGGAAGAAAACAUGAUGAAAUUCCCACAGACUUGAGUAAAUUUAUCUUCAGCAGCAUGAUGACAAUCUGGAGGAAAGUGAAAUCAAGGCAUUUUCUGUAAAUGAGUCUGACACUGUAUUGUUAUGCACUAUAUUAGUGCAAGUCUUUAUUCUUCCCAUAUUUCAACACUGAGUUUUCUAGCGUUUACAUUGGUUCAAAGACUUUCAAAUUGGAUUGCCUAUUUUCAUGAACACAGAGAGAAUAGGGUACCAUUUCAGAAGUUCUCUGAGUUUAUACUUUUAAAUAUUGCAUUUUAUUUUGUAGCCAGGGGUUGAUGGCACUGUGGCUUGCAUCUACUGAAAAAUGGAGUGAUUGUAAUUGUUGGGCUAGGUGAAAGAUAGGUUUCUGAAUGAAAUGUGUUUUGAAUGUUAGGAUGUAGAAAUGAAAUAAGUGGUUAUGUUGGAGAAUGAGAUAGAUAAUUUGAUUAAUAAAUUGUAUAUUAGAAAAAACUUAGCCAUGUAGAUACAUCAUUAACCACACACAGUUGUAAUUCAGUUCAAUGAUGAUAAACUCUGCUUUUGUAAUUUCAAUUUUCUUAUCUUGAUAUUUAUAAAUUCUUUUUUUAAUUUAAUUAUCUGGCUUCAUUUAAUAUACAUCAAACACCAAUCCUGUUUGUAGCAAGUCUUGGUUUUAUAAGGUUUCACUAUCUAAAACAACAUAUUAAAAAGCUGAAAUCAUUUUAUGAAGAUAGUUGUUUGCAAUUGAUGUUGAAAGAAAGAAGAUGCCAUCUUGUGGUAAUGACUUGUAUUUAUAACAAAUAAAGUUCUCAAGAGAC